GGGGCGUUGUUGAUGCGGAACUGGAAGGGCUGCUCUGGGCUGCGUGCGCGAAGAGGAGGAGGAGGAGGAGGAGGAGAGGCCUCCUCCAGUGACAGCAGGUGAGGCGCCCCUCUGUGACACAGCAGCAGAGACCCCAGGAAGGGGGCAGGCAGGGCGGCGGUGGAGCUCCUGUGAAGGGCCUCCCUGGCAAGCAGGAAGCUGUAGCUUGAUGGCACAAUUUCAAUGAGCAGUCUCUUCUCCAAGGGUGUUAUCAGAAACUACCUGGCCCAAUGAAUGAGAAAUUCACUGAGAUGACAUAGUGAAGGAGACGAGACCAUGGUGCAGAGGAAGAGGAGCUGUCCUCGCUUACUUGAUUACCUUGUGAUUAUUGGAGCCAGGCAACCAAGCAGUGACAGUGUGGCACAGACGCCUGAACUACUACGCCGUUACCCUCUAGAAGAUUACACUGAUUUCCCACUUCCUCCAGAUGUAGUAUUCUUCUGCCAGCCAGAGGGAUGUUUAAGUGUUCGGCAGAAGCGUAUGAGUUUGCGAGAUGACACUUCCUUUGUCUUUGCACUCACAGAUAAAGAUACAGGAAUCACUCGCUAUGGGAUAUGUGUCAAUUUCUAUCGCUCCUUUCAGAAGCGUGUGCCCAAGGAGAAGGGGGAAGGCAGUGGUGGACAUCGUGUUCGAGAUGGGCAGAAAGCACCCAAAUCUGGAGAUGCUUCCACUGCUCAAGAAGAGAAGGGUAAUGAGAGUUCAGAGAGUGGUGGUUCUCUGCAGCCCCCAAGCACAGAGCCUGCCCCAGAUGUGAAUCGAUCACCUCGGAGCAAACAUUCAUCCAAAGGCACACAUCGCUCUCGUAACAGCACUCUGACCUCCCUGUGCAUCAUUAGUCACUAUCCCUUUUUCUCUACGUUUCGUGAAUGCCUAUACACCCUGAAGAGGCUUGUGGACUGCUGCAGUGAGAGACUGUUAGGGAAGAAGUUGACAAUCCCACGAGGAGUCCAGAGGGAUACAAUGUGGCGGAUAUUCACAGGUUCCCUUCUUGUAGAGGAGAAAUCCAGUGCAUUGCUACAUGAUUUGCGUGAAAUUGAAGCCUGGAUUUAUCGACUGCUUCGUUCACCUGUGCCUGUUGCUGGUCAGAAGCGUGUGGAUGUGGAAGUCUUACCACACGAAUUGCAGCCAGCCUUAACAUUUGCCCUCCCUGACCCCUCCCGCUUUUCUUUGGUGGAUUUCCCUUUGCAUCUGCCCUUGGAGCUGUUAGGUGUGGAUGCUUGUUUGCAGGUGCUGUCUUGCAUUCUCUUAGAACACAAGGUAGUACUGCAAUCCCGGGACUAUAACGCUCUCUCUAUGUCUGUGAUGGCAUUCGUGGCUAUGAUAUACCCACUGGAGUAUAUGUUCCCAGUGAUCCCACUCCUUCCUACCUGCAUGGCUUCUGCAGAACAGCUACUUCUGGCCCCAACACCUUAUAUCAUUGGAGUCCCAGCCAGCUUCUUCCUUUACAAACUAGACUUUAAAAUGCCAGAUGAUGUAUGGCUAGUUGAUCUGGACACCAAUAAGGUUAUUGUUCCUACAAAUGCUGAGUUACUGCCUGUUUUGCCAGAACCUGAAGCUUUAGAAUUGAAAAAACACCUGAAACAGGCUUUGGCCAGUAUGAGUUUGAAUACCCAGCCCAUCUUUAACCUAGAAAAGUUUCAUGAAAGUCAGGAGAUCCCACUACUUAGUGGAAAACCUCAGAAUGACCUGCAGUCCACACCUUCUACAGAAUUCAACCCCCUGAUCUAUGGCAAUGAUGUAGAUUCAGUGGAUGUGGCCACAAGGGUUGCCAUGGUGAGAUUCUUCAAUUCACCAAAUGUUCUACAGGGAUUCCAGAUGCAUACCCGUACACUUCGACUCUUUCCCCGGCCAGUGGUGGCAUUUCAGGCCAAUUCUUUCUUGGCCUCACGACCAAAACAGACUGCCUUUGCAGAAAAAUUAUCCAAGACCCAGGCAGUGGAAUACUUUGGGGAAUGGUCACUCAACCCCACUAAUUAUGCUUUCCAAAGAAUUCACAACAAUAUGUUUGACCCAGCUCUGAUUGGUGAUAAGCCAAAGUGGUAUGCUCACCAACUGCAGCCAAUACAUUACCGUGUCUAUGACAGCAAUUCUCAGUUGGCUGAAGCACUCAGUGUUACAAUAGAGAGAGAAACAGAUUCAGAUCCUACUGAUGAUAGUGGCAGUGACAGUGUGGAUUACGAUGACUCCAGCUCAUCAUAUUCAUCCCUUGGUGACUUUGUUAGUGAAAUGAUGAAAUGUGACAUCAAUGGUGGCACUCCAAGUGUGGAUCCAUUAACUCAUGCAGCUCUGGGUGAUGCAAGUGAAGUGGAAUUCGAUGAUUUCCAGGAAUACUCGGGUGAUAUGGAUGAACAGGCCCCAGACAGUGAGAACUCUCAAGACAAUAACCAACCACGAUCAAGUUCAAGCACUACAGCCAGUAGUAGCCCCAGCACUGUCAUCCACGGGGUGAAUCAUGAGUCUGCUGAUUCAGCAGAGAUGGAAGAGAAGAUGGUAGCUGGUUUUUCAAAUCACCUUCCCAGUUUGCCUUUGCAACCAAACUUUCCCAGGAUGGCCUUGGAUCGUCGUGACAGUGAGAGUACUUCAAACAGUUUGAGUUCCACAGAAGGAAUAGUGAAGAAACGAGAGUAUGAUAAUCCAUAUUUUGAACCUCAGUAUGGGUUCCCAACAGAGGAGGAGGAAGAUGAACAAGAGGAAAGCUAUACACCAAAGUUUAAUCAGAACCUCAAUGGCAGUCGACCCCCGAAGCCUCUGCGUCCUAACAGUUUAAAGCUGGGCAAUGACUCUGAUGCGGAAUCGGAUUCUCAUGCUAGUUCCCCAAAUUCUACGAUCUCUAACAACAGCACUGAAGGUUUUGGGGGAAUUAUGUCUUUUGCAAGUAGCCUAUACAAGAACCACAGUACAAGCUUUAGUCUGUCCAAUUUAGCACUUCCAACCAAAGCUGGGAGAGACAAAAACACCCCAUUUCCUAGUCUGAAAGUAUUUGGGCUAAAUACUAUAAUGGAGAUUAUUACUGAAGCUGGGCCAGUAAGCAAUGAAGGAAACCGGAGAGCACUUGUAGAUCAGAAGUCUUCUGUUAUAAAGCACAGCCCAACAGUGAAAAGAGAAUCUCCUUCACCUCAGGGACGAACUGGUAAUUCCAGUGAGAACCAGCAGUUCUUGAAAGAGGUGGUGCACAAUGUCCUAGAUGGACAAGGAAUUGGCUGGUUUCACAUGAAGAGAGUCCGUCGUCUCCUGGAGAGUGAGCAACUCCGUGUGUUUGUAUUAAGCAAGCUUAAUCGCACUAUCCAGUCAGAGGAGGAUGCACGACAGGAUGUGGUCCAUGAUGUGGAGAUCAGCCGCAAGGUUUAUAAAGGGAUGCUGGAUUUGCUGAAGUGUACUGUGUUAAGUCUUGAACUAUCAUAUACAAAUGCGGGACUUGGGGGCAUGGCAAGUGUCUUUGGCCUUCUGGAAAUAGCUCAUACCCACUACUAUAACAAAGAGCCAGAAAAAAGAAAAAGAAGCCCAACAGAUGGAGCAAUCACUCCGGUUGGCAAGGAGCCUAUUUUAGCCAUGAGAGUGGAAUCGAAACCGAAGGUGCAACUGCCAGUACCUCAGCUCAUGCCACAGGCACCAAGCCCCACAGGGAAAGGGCCAAGGGAGUUUGACACAAGGAGUCUAAAGGAGGAGAAUUUUGUAGCUUCUAUUGAAUUGUGGAAUACGCACCAGGAAGUGACAAAGCAAAAAGCUUUGGAAAAACUGAGGUCAGAAGGUACAAAACACUUCUUUGAUUUGGGAGAGACAGAGGAGAAGAAAUCACAGAUUAGUGCAGACAGUGGUGUUAGCUUAACCUCCAGCUCCCAGAAAAGCGAUCUGGAUUCUGUGGCAAGCAUUGGACCUGCUGUUAUGAUCCGAAGCACAAGCCAAGAUUCUGAAGUUAGCACAGUGGUGAGCAACAGCUCUGGAGAGACACUAGGAGCAGACAGUGAUUUGAGCAGCAAUGCGGGUGAUGGCCUUGGUGGGGAGAGUGGUGGAAACCUAACAGGAUCACGAGGCACUGUAUCAGAUAGUGAAAUUGAGACAAACUCUGCUACUAGCUCUAUCUUUGGUAAAUCUCAUAGUUUGAAACAGACAAUAAAAGAUAAAAACAGCAGUCUGGCAAGAACUAUAGAAGAUUCAAGCCAACGAGUUUAUCUCUGUGAGGGUCUUCUGGGUAAGAGAUACCUAAUCAAGUCAAGCUCCUUCUCUUCCACCCCCAGAUCAUUACAAGUUUGCUCAAAAUUUGUUGAAAUAAAUCAGUUAUCUCCUUUGGAAUACUUAGGAAGUAUUUUUUUUUACAUCAAACAGAAGGGAACCAUUAGUGUUACUGUUGACAAUGUGCAGAAGAAUGAUAUUAGGAAGAAGGUGCGCCGUUUAAUGGGGAAAUCUCACAUUGGCCUCGUGUAUAGUCAAGAAAUCAAUGAAGCACUUGACAAAAUUUCUAACGUGAAUGGUAGAGAGCUUCCAAUUCGACCCAGUGGUAGUAGACAUAUCAAGAAGCAAACAUUUGUUGUACAUGCUGGAACAGAUACAACAGGAGACAUCUUCUUCAUGGAGGUAUGUGAUGAUUGUAUUGUGUUGAGGAGCAACAUUGGCACUGUGUAUGAGCGCUGGUGGUAUGAAAAACUCAUCAACAUGACAUACUGUCCCAAAACAAAAGUACUUUGUCUUUGGAGAAGGAAUGGCCAAGAGACACAACUGAAUAAGUUCUACACCAAAAAGUGCCGGGAAUUAUAUUAUUGUGUGAAAGAUAGUAUGGAGCGAGCAGCUGCAAGACAACAAAGCAUAAAACCAGGCCCUGAAUUGGGAGGAGAAUUCCCAGUGCAGGAUAUGAAAACUGGUGAAGGAGGACUUCUUCAAGUCACACUGGAAGGGAUUAACCUGAAAUUCAUGCAUAGUCAGGAGCGGAAGGUUUUCAUAGAGCUGAAUCACAUUAAAAAGUGCAAUACAGUGCGAGGAGUCUUUGUCCUGGAGGAAUUUGUUCCUGAAACUAAAGAAGUGGUGAGCCACAAGUACAAGACACCAAUGGCCCAUGAGAUCUGCUACUCCGUGUUGUGUCUCUUCUCCUAUGUGGCUGCAGUUCGUGGGAAAGAAGCAGAGAGCAAAAUCAAACCACCUCGUCCAGUGUCCAGCUGAUCAAGGUCACUGAUGGGAAAUGUGUUGGCGUGUAAUACUCCAGUUUAUGUUGCUCUUACAGGAGAUCUUCUAACCAUCUCUAAUGCAAUUUUUUUUGUUUAUAUGACCCUGCAAGUCCCUUUGACAAAAAUCAGACUUGCUGUUUAGUCAUGUGCUGAAGCUGUUUUCUCUAGCAUUUCUGAACAUAGGUUUUCCUUCUACAGUGAAUGAUCUACUACUGCCAGUCUUGGAAUUAGCUUUCUUAGCUAAUUAGUUCACAGUGAGGCUCAGUUAUUUUUAUUUUGAGUGGUUACCAUUCUUACUUGUAAUCUAUUUAUAGACUCAAGUCUCUGUGUUCAGAUUUUGUAUUAUGCCUACAGUGGUAUCCACUCAAUCUUGCCUGGAUCACUUAUUGUUGCUGCUGUUGAAGUGCUAUGCUCUUCAUUAUUUUGUUCUUUGCUCUCCAUACUUAUGCUUGUCAACCUGGAAUUCCUGCCACAUGACCUUUCUCUGUUCUUGAGCACCUCCUUCUACAGAAAGGCAUGGGUUUUUCUGAGAAUGGAAACAAAACUACACAUCAAUCAUUGUAUCUUCAGAGGAAUAGCUAGAAACCAUGAUGGCAGAAGGGAUUAAUUUGGCAAGCCUCUUAAGACUGGUUUGCAUGUACUGUACAUAGAUAGUCUUUUGAUUGGGAAGUACCAUUCUGCUAACAUUCCAGUAGUUCAUCUCACUAGUAUGUGCUCAAAGUGAUAGAUGCAAUUCUUCAUGGUAAGUGUGCAGAAUUCAGUGAGGUAAGGGAAAAGGCUUUAAAGAGGCUUUAAAAAGAAGAAUAAAUUAAAAAGGAAGGGAAAACUCAUCAAAACAGAGACAGUGCUAUCAGUUGAAAAAUGAUAUAUUUAUCUAAAGCACAAUAUGGUCUGUCAUAUGUUUUUGGAAACACAUAAGGUUAUGAAAAUAAUUAUGAGCAAUUAAAAGUUUGUCAGUAGCACUGUAUAUCCUUGUUCCAAGUCUCCUUUUAGUCACUGCUUCUGUCUAAACUAUACAUCAGGGAGCAGAAUCAUGCAGCCCUUCUGAUGAUGGUGGAUUACAACUCCCAGCAUUUCUUGCCAUUGACUGUGCUGGCUAGGGCUUCUGGGAGUUGCAGUUCAUCAACAUCUGGAAGGCCAUGUGAGACCCACCCUUGUCAUAUAUGUAUAUCAAAGAAUUUUUGCAAAAACCGUGCUACUGUGUUAUGAAGCCUUCCGCCCAGGUAAGGUAUCCAGUUGACAUUCUGUUUUUAAGUAUGUUAAAAAUGAAUGUCUGAGAUAUUUCUUCUUUUUCAUGGACUGUACUGGACUCUAAUGCAAAAAUAUACCAGGGUACUUGGAGGAUCUACAGUAUGUAAUAAACUCUAGAAAAUAUGAGACUGCUCUAUCUCUUGUUGGAGUAUUAGAAAAAUUAACAAAGUUUUUGACAACGUGACUUCUGAAGUAAAAGAGUUUACUCCAUGCAGCUCUGUUUGUGCAUUUGUUGAAUAGACUGUACUAUGUAAUAGUUGGGAGGAAAGAUGUAAAUAUUUCAGUACCAUGUCUAUUUAUAGAAAAGUGUACAGUUGUCUGGAUGUGAAAAAUAAACUACCAUUAAAUCA